CGCCCCCGUCAUGACGUCACCAGCACCGCGACUCGGCGGCAGGCGUGUUUUCAGAGGAGAGCAGAAUCGAGCGAAAGAGACUAUGUAGAGCACACUGUUGAGUGGGCUUAAGGUAUUUACAAUCGUGUCAGUGUGAAUUUGAGAUGAAACAGCACUGAAAGACUCAAAGUGUCCUCCGUUGGAGCUUCGCGGGUGAUUGUGAUGGAGAAGUGUCUGUGGUGCACCUCCUCCCUGGAAGUGGAGGGUGAUGCAGCGAUAGUCACCAUGAUGCGUCGCUACAGCUCAGGACGUCUGUCUGAGAGAGAGAUGGACUCUCUGAAUGAAGACCUCGGUUGCUGUCUGGAGUGUGUGGUGGAGUACCAUCGAGCCAGAGACAAGGUCCCUCAUCUGCACAAGCGUUUGUGGGAAAUAGAGAAGGCUCGACUUGUGCGUUUGUUGGGAACCAUUCUGGACAAGGAACUGGAGGAGGACGAUAUCUUUAUUAUUGAAGACGAUCGCAUGGAGCCGGUGACGAAAAUCUUGCCUGCAGAAUUUCACGACCGUCUCCGUUCUCCUCUGUUUGAAGUUCUGAAGUAUCCGUACUUACUUUGCUACCGUGAUCUGUGUGAUUUGGUGGUAAAGGCCUUGUGUAAGUUGCAGGAUAUGAAGCAGUCUUUGACUGUGUUUGAGAAGUAUCAAGGAAUAUAUCUGUUUCUCGUUCAUCCCAACGAGCAGGUGCGCCGCUGGGCAAUCGAUACAGCAAAGACCAUGAAGAGUGUGGAUAGGGACUCCUAUUAUGACCUUCAAGAGAUUUUCUCCUGCAUGUUUAAUGUCAUCGAACCUGGAAUAUCUUUGGACUUUCCAGAUGUGGAUCAAGAGUCUUAUUCAAGGGGAACCAUAAAAACGCUCCCCUCUCACCUCUAUGACUCGCAAAACAAGAAGAACUGCUGGCUAGGUAUCUGUAUGUUACUUACGCAGCUCAGUGCGGAGGCAAUGGACUCUCUGUUCAUGGGACAGUUUAACAUCCCGCUUUGCAUACUCCGCACAAUGGAUGGGUUGAAAAAUGAGGAUAACCCAGCUUCGGACCCAUUCUGGCCAGCCCUCCACUGUUUUAUGGUAAUUUUGGACCGACUUGGUUCUAAGAUCUGGGGUCAGGUUGACCCUAAUACAGCAUUCCAGACAAUCACCGGAGCUGCCAGCUAUGUUGCGGAAAUUAGAAACAUCCGGCAAAAGACCAUGGGCGGUAUGUUUAAAGUGGAACCUGAAUAUGAUGACAAUAUGGUGACCUGCAGUCAGAUGGUGUACAACUGUUAUGCAUCAGAAAAACCAAACCAUGCAUCUGGUUUGUCGUCCAACAGUGGGGUUUCAAGCAACUAUAUGAUCUAUGAGGAUAUGCAGUCCCUGGUCACUGUGCUUGAUUCUGAAAUGGGCCAGAGCAUGCGUGUAUACGGAAGCACUUUUCUGUGGUUCAUUCCUUUUGUUCGAUCCAUAAUGGAACUUUCAGAGCUCAAUGCUUCCUAUAUUAGUGAAGUCAUCCACUAUCUUUGUGAUAAGAUACGAGAAAAUCGGCACAUGCUAACCGGACAGACGAUUGUGUACGAUAAAGUGUCUGAGUUAUUCACUCGUAUCCUUAUUCAAAUUGUUGAGCUACACUCUACUGAAGGACGAAUGGGUAUACUUUCUCGCUGUGCCCACAAGUGGGUGGGGGAGAUUGUCUUGUGCAUCAUCCAAUCAGAUGAAACACUUGGACCACCAGACAGGAUGGGUGGGAUUCACGGAGUCAGUUCAACCUCAUACAACCUUGGGAUAGUUCGAAAACUGCCUGCAUCUGGAGGAGGCAUUGGUGCUAUAAUCGCUGACUGCGUGACACUGAUUCGACGGCUACUGAAAGACGGGAAAAGGAGAUCUGUUCCAAGCGCGACCCACUUUUUGAGUUUGCUGAACAAUCAGUUGCGUGGAGUUACAAAGAAACGAUGGGAUUUAACACGUUCUGAAUCUGAUGAGCUUCAGAAGUGUUUGUUAAGAGUUGUCCGUUCAAUGCCAGAAAGAUCUGCUUCUUCACUCUCUGUUGUUCCACCACCAUGUGGACCAUCAGUGGAGGCAGCUACAAACACUGUUAUUUCCAGAAAUUCCGUGCCAACCCUAAAUCAGCAACAACAUGAGCACCAAGAGGCAGGUCCAAGCAGAACAGGAGAUGAAUCCGGUUUUAUCAAAAAGGAGUCAAUUUGGAAUUAUAGAAAUUGGAACUUGGAUGAGGAUUUGUGCAGCGGUCUUGAGGUUAUCAUAAAGGCUAAGAAGGAAACCCUUGACCCAGUGUCAAUUUCACAGCUGAGUCCAGUUGUUCAGUUGGAACACGUUAAACCAGAUUUAAACCAGUCCUUAAAAUCAGCUAAAGAGGCAUGUGGUUUUGGUGCUGCUGAGGAGGAGGAGGAUGAGGAGGAUGACGAUGAACCCCUUGAUAUCAAACUGGUUCGUCUGACAAAAUCAAUCCACAAUGUUGAAUCUAGCGACUAUGAAGAUAACCGUAAUUCUGGUGAAAAAAUUGGUAACAGGUUCAUGGGUGCUUCAAAGGAAAAUGUGGAGUCUAGUACCAUUGUUAUCUCUGAUGAUGAUUCUGAUAAUGAUGAAAGGCCAAAUGACAUCCUGAGUUCUCCAAAAGUUUGUGUCCUGUCAGAGAGCCCCGGUCGUGAUUAUGAUGAUCUCAGUGAAUCACAGGUCUUUGAGUUUGAGACCCAGCAAUAUGUGGCAUCUUCCUGGGAUGGUUCUGGUUUUGAUGCAUCAGACUUGAGGAAGAAGCCCAAAUCAGACCAACUACUCAAACCACAGGUGGAUGAAACUCCUCGUGAAGCAUCUCCAUCAAGUUCAGAGACCGAACUUAUUCCAGAUGAAGACAUUGAGAGGGCUUGUCAGCAAGCAGAAGAUAAGAUCAGAGAACAGCAGCAGCCACAAGAGUCAGCGGAUUCAUUUGCAUCUUCACUGUCCAAAGCAUCCAGUACUGCAGAGAGCUGGGAUAAAUUUGCCAAACCUGUUAAAAGCACAAAAACAACUCCAUCUGAAAAGAAACAGCCUAAAAAGCCAUUGAUAAUUGAUGCCCUUGCUCAAAAAAGCAGACGCCACUCCUGGAAACGCAGCUCAACAUCUCAGGAUGUAGAGGAACCAUCCUCUUCAACUACUCUAUGCUCAUCUUCCUCUUCAUCCUGCAGCUCUGUUUCCUCUCCUUAUUUUUCUGCCCUCAGUUCAAGUAAUACCCCUGCGAUUGUUCCCCCAAAGAAGGUGCGUAAGGUUGCUGAGCCAGAAUCCACAGCAGAGCGUUUGGGAUUAAAAAAGAAGGAGAGGAAAGCAUCUGAACUUUCUCAGCGCUCGCUGGAUGGUGUUGCUAAACUGAGGUGCCAUGGUCAGAACGUGCAGGUAGAACCACAACAGAAGAAAAGGCGAGUGCGUCGAGCCAAUAAGUCUUCUCCACAGAAUCAUAUUGUAAAAAGCAACAAGAAACUUCUGGGAUCACAAGAUAUUCAGUUUUUCAGGCUAAGUCGUGAGAAGCAGGCAAAUCAGAGGCCAGCAACAGGAGUCAUCACAACAUUAGCUCCCAAACCAGCAGAUAUCAAUCAGCCAGGUGAAAUGUACUUACCGAAACCUACAGUUGCAAGCAGUGAGGCUGGUGAUAUCUUUCCUUGUCCUCAGCCAGAUUCCAACCUUCAGCGGGAUAAUGAAAAUGCUGCAUCAGGAACCAAUUCUGCAGGAGAUGGGGCUGGAAAUAAUAAGUGUGUAGUACCUGAGUACUUCCAAGCCAGUGAGACUGCUGAUGCCAACAUGGAAAAAGAAAAACCUGCUCAGGAGGAUGAUGAAGAAUGGAUGUUCCUCACUCAGAUGGAACCCACCGACAUGGAACUGUGCUCUCAAAUGGAGCAGUUUGAGGAAGAAAAUGGUGAAGAACUCUUUCUUACCCAGAGAGAUCCUAUAGACAUGGACAUUGAUACAGAUAGUGAGUCAGAUGCCCCAGGGCCAACCUUGACACCUAAACCUAUUCAGACUCCUAUUGGUGGAAAUGAUGAUCAUUUGUUUGUGAAGCCUGGCAUGUCACCUGUAUCUCAGAAAAAGGCAAAACCUUCUACCACAAAAAUAUACACCCCCAGCUCCCGCAGUGCCUCGCUUGUCCUUGAAAUGGAAAAAGAAGCCAAGCCUCCUCCUGCUGCGAAUGUUGCCAAAGCAAAGAUUCCCCGACUGCCCCCAGCAGUGCCACCUCCAAAAACAUUUCAACCUCUCCAUCCUCCACAACUCCCAAUGCAACUUCCUUCACGACACGCUCCAUAUGCUCCUGAGUUGGCCACUAGUUUUAAAAGAAGCUCCAACUCAGAGCCACCAUCUUACAAGGUAUACCAAAGACCCGAGGCUCCAGUUAACAAUCCAGUACCCACAAUGGAUCAAAGCCAGACGUUUGACCUUUCAAUCUUGACCCAAGCAAUCCUUAAAUGGGAAUAUAGGAUGCUUGACAAUUACAAAUCAUUUGGGAGUCCACAUGAUCUGUGCCAACUACCGCUGAAGAAAGUGCCAGUUCAGUUUUCUAGCUACUUGGAGUACUUCAACACCUUGUACCCACUGCUGCUAAUUAAUGCAUUUGAAGAGAUGGCGAGUGAAUGGCUUAAAGAGGGCAGAGUCAAGCUUAACCUAACAUUCCAGGGUAUAGAAUACAGCAAUCGCACAGCUAGUGCCAGCUUCACAGCAAAAAUUUCUCAGGAAACUGAUAUGAAACAGCUGUACCCAAAAGAAGAUGACCUGGUGCUACUUUGGUUGCCUGACAACACUGGGUCAUAUGCCCACGAUGAACCAAAUUUCCAUGAAACGCAUCCUCAUUUUGGUUAUGUGUCUCGGUCCAGUGUGUCCAACAGAAGUUCAGGUUCCAGGCCAAUUCUCAACUUGACGAUUCAGACACGUAGUAAUAUAUCUUCAGGGAAUUCCCAACCUGUGCUCUGUGAAGUUAUUGGAUCAUUGAUCAGCAUAUUCCGGGAGUUCCGUGCACUGUGUUUGCUGCGGAAUGGACCAAUGUUGCGACCUCUUCUUGCUCCACAUGCAUCUUUUUUCAUGCACACUGUGGAUAGCCCACCGGACCUGGAUUUACCAGAGUUCAACAGGGACCAAGCAAGAGCAAUAGCUUGUGGUCUUGCCAUGGUAAAGAGAACAGCGAAGACCCCAAAAUUUCUCCUUAUUCAUGGUCCUCCAGGAACCGGGAAGAGUAAAACAAUUGGUGGCCUGUUGUACAAACUACUAUCUUCGGGUAUUAACAGUGCUGCUCCUUCGGGGAACAUUCAUGCCAAGUCUCGACGGACACGAGUUCUUCUCUGUGCUCCCUCUAAUGCUGCCAUUGACAGUCUGAUGAAGAAAGUCAUUUUGAUAUUUAAAGAGAAAUGCCGAAACAUCAACGCACCUCAAGGUAACUGCGGGGAUAUAAACCUGGUACGAUUGGGAAGUGAAAGAACCAUCUCGAAGUCAUUAAAACCUUUCAGCCUCGACCACCAGACUAAAGCUAGAGCACAGCGAGCUCAGCAAACUGCAGAAGCUGACAUACACAAGCGGAAGGAGCAACUGGAACAAAUGAUUGAAAAUCUCUCCCAGCGAUGUGCAAAAGUCAAUAAGGAUUCUUUCGAGUUCAAGACGUUGAUGGAGGAGAAGAUGCAGCGCCUGAAAGAGAGAGAAGGACUGGGUCGGCAGAUUAAAGAGUGUCGCAUCAGGCGUCAGGAGAGUCAAGCUGUUGUACUGCAAAACGCUCAUGUGAUCUGCUGCACGCUCAGCACCAGUGGAAGUAUUGUCCUCGAGAAUGCCUUCCGUCGCCUCGGACAUGAACCAUUCAGCUGCGUCAUCAUUGAUGAGGCUAGUCAGUCUAAAGAAUGUGAGACUCUGAUCCCCAUGCUGUACCGAAGUCCUGCUGUAAUCCUCGUCGGUGAUCCCAACCAGCUUCCACCAACAGUUGUCUCUCAGAAAGCGAAGGAGUUUGGCUUCGACCAGUCUCUUAUGGCAAGGUUAUGCAAAAGUCUUUAUCUGUCAAACCCGCAACUCUCUCCAAUCGUCCUGCUUGGCGUGCAGUACCGCAUGCACCCAGACAUCUGUGAAUUCCCCUCCAAGUACAUCUACAACAGCGCUCUCAAGGAUGACUGGCAGGGGCAGUGCAGGCAGUAUGAUCAGGAGCAGACGACUAUGACUGAGUCGGAAUUGAGACUCCUCAGGUCACUGAGAGGACCGUGCGUGUGUGAGACCGCUCAGAAGCGCUGUUCCCUCAGCUGGCCCUUCAAGCCCUACAAAGUGUUCGACGUGACGGAUGGGAUAGAGAAGAAGGAGAGAGAUUCAUUUUCCAAUCACAAAGAAGUCAAGCUGGUCUUGCUGCUGUUGAAGCUGCUGGGUGAGAAGCAGUCAGUGCGAGUGGGCGUCAUCACACCCUACAACGCCCAGAAACAACGCAUACUGGAAGCCAUCAGGGGUUCAGGCAUCGACAACAAGCAUCUUCAGGUUGAAGUCAAUACAGUAGAUGGCUUUCAGGGCAGAGAAAUGGACUGCAUCAUUGUGUCUUGUGUGAGAGCCAGCAGUGAAACGGGCUCCAUUGGGUUUGUUGGAAAUCGGCAGAGAAUGAAUGUAACCAUCACCAGAGCCAAAUUUAGUCUCUUUAUUCUGGGACAUUUACGCACACUCGGGGAACAAAGUGAUUGGGGAGCAUUGAUUGGGGACGCUAGGAUACGUAAAACGAUCAUCAAAACUAUGCAAAAAGAAUUUGAAAGAGAUGUCAGGCAGAUUCUUAAAACAGAACGAGAGCCACUGACCCGCAGUCUGUCUUAUCCCCCAAUCGGGAUACCGAGCCCUGUGACCUCACCUGUUACACAUGCACCUGUGGAAACAGACCCCGCCCCUGCGCCCCACCUUCAACAUGACACGAGCAGUGCGCCAAUGCCACGGCUAAUACCCUUGGAAUGCCCUAAUAACCCACGGAUGAGUGACAGGCCCACAGACCCACGUUUUGCAGAACGCCGGCCAAUGAGAGAACAGGGACCGGACAGAGAUGGGCGGGGCUUACCAGAGUCCCGCCGUUCUACAAACAGGGCCAAUUCGUAUGAAGCCGACUCUAGAAUUACGGGCCAGUCUUCCAGAUACUCUUCAAGACACAGCAGCUCUUCACCAUCAAGACGACACAGGAGAUAAAUGAAUUAUCCCUGUUUUUAUGUCAUUAAAGCUUCACAGCAGUGCAUUAAGGGAGAAAUUUUUCUUUGUGUCCUCUUCUCCAUGUUUUGAGAACCCACCAUGUACAUGGGUCGUCGUUAAAUGUCUAUUUCGCAGGCAUUGGCUUUACAAUUAGCUUGACAAAUUAGUUUGAUGGCAGUGCUUACUGCUUACCUAAUCUCUUUCUAAGCGCAUUUUGCUGCUAAAUGAACAUUUAAAGAACUUUUUUAUGCAUGAAGAGGGAUGUUUUGUUCCGCACAACAGGUUUUGGGUUUUUGGACCUUGUGCUCAUCUCCAAAAAACAAUAUAUUGACUCAAAAACUGCACUUUCUAAAGCAGUUGGACUUGCUCAGAAAUAACCAUUUUUUUGGUGUUUGAGUCUGUAUAGUUUGUCACUUAUUUGAAUGUAACACUGAUUUAAAGAGUUUCGCAGGGAAGGAUUUGGUGUGCAUGAAUGCAUUGCCGUUUGUGUUUCUCUGGUUGUUUUAUGCUGAUUUUUAACAUUCUGGAUUUCUGGAAACAUACUGGAUUAUUUUUGACUGAGCCGACUGUUAGAAUUGUUUUUUCAGGUAACUUUGAUUAUAGUCACUAUUAGUCUGGAGGAGGUGUUGAAGAAGGCCAGAAACAGAACCAAAGUUAUUGCUUAACAUUUUCAUUUCAAGUAUAAAUUGUCAUGUUGUGUUUGAUAUGUGAAUGAGUUAAGUUUGUACAGUUGAAGUAUACAAGCUGGAGACUGAGAGAUCGACCCACUAUUGUGGCUUUUUCCCUUGAGUUUUAUCUUUUGGUGCGACCAGUUUUACAAAAGUGUAUGAAGAUGACUUUAUUUUGUACAGAUGCACUUUUUGUAGACCGGAAAUUAAAAAGUUCCUUUUUUUUUUUUUUU